AUGGAGCAAGCUCAAUACUGGUUGUGGAUGAAGAGGAAACAACUUUUAAAGUCACAGGAAUCAAUGAACUCCAAUAGCGGUUCGUGGGAAGAGAAAGCUUUUGCAAAAGAUGCAUCUGGGCAUCUUGGUGGAUGCAUAUGGCCUCCAAGAUCUUAUUCUUGCAGUUUUUGUAAGAGAGAAUUCAGGUCAGCUCAAGCCCUAGGUGGUCACAUGAAUGUUCAUAGGAGGGAUAGGGCUAGGCUUAAGCAGUCUCUUACUCCUCAAAAUGAUGCUUUUCAACAUCAAAAUCAUAUCCAAAGUUCACUUAGAUUAUCGGAGUCUCAUUUCCCAUCAGAGGUUUGCACCUUUGAUAAUUAUGAUCUUGAACCUAAACUUUCUGUCUCUAGAACUACUAAUAUUGCAUCAAAUCUUUCCUCUUCUAGGGUUUCAGCUUUAUCCACUCAAGAAAAUUUAAGUGAUCAUGUCUUUGUUUCUCCCGUUGCUUCUUCCUUCGUUCAAAAACAGCAUAACGGGUAUCCUCAUCUCCGCAAUAGUUUAUCAGGGUCAGAUCAUUCUUUGGCAAUUAGACUUCAUUCAAAACCUGAAGCAGGAAAGGAUCAAGAUGGAGUAGAUUCUACAUGCUUGAGCCAUGAUAAUUUUGUUGCAACUGAUUUAUUUAUGGGCUUGAGUUCUGUUAUUAAUAGCCAGAGUUUAUCGUCACCGGCCGGUUCUUGUGGUAACGAGGGAAUCAGUUGCAAAAGGCCUAAAACCAAUGUUUCAGUAGUCUCACUGUUGAUUAAGCCGCGUUCAAAUGAUAGAUACAUUCUUCAAUCAGAGGCAAACAAACCUAAUUCUAGCUUCAAGGAGGACAUAGAUCUUGAGCUCAGGCUUGGAGAGCCACCAAAGCGUUCGCUAUUGGGUAGCAGUUUCUACUCUGCUGGCUUGGAGAGUGUGAGAACUGAGAGUACUCAGUCCCCAAGAGGCCUAGCUAGAAUUGGAACUAUUCGGACUUUGGAGUUGGCUAACGAGCGUAUGGAAUUGGAAGGAGCGGCUGCCGAUGGACGGUUCAUCGAGGAGAAAGCUCGGACAUGA